GUUUGGUUUCCGGGUUUAGUCUGAGAAGAAGAGUAAUUCUUCUUCCUUUUUCGUCUACUUCCUUAAAGGAGUAAUUAACAGAAUAUAAACAUAACAUAAAAACGUAGAGUAAGAUACCUGAAGAUGAUCCGGUAAAGCUCUAUUUAAGGAGAAAGUACAUGGGUCCUACUUCUAAUUCCAACUAGCUAGCUAAGAGAAGGACACACCUGCAGGCUGAGUCUGUUUAUUCAGAUAUUUUGACAUUAAAAGAGAAAUAAACAGCGAUCUGUAAAUAAUAGGUCCAUAAAAAUCCACAAGAUGCACAGAAGAGGAGUUGGAGCAGGAGCUAUCGCCAAGAAGAAACUUGCAGAAGCCAAGUACAAAGAGAGAGGUACAGUCUUGGCUGAAGAUCAGAUUGCACAGAUGUCUAAACAGUUAGAAACCUUCAAAACACAUUUGGAAGAGUUCGCCAGCAAACACAAGCAAGAGAUCCGAAAAAGUUCCCAGUUCAGGGUGCAGUUUCAAGAAAUGUGUGCUACAAUAGGAGUGGAUCCACUGGCAUCUGGUAAAGGGUUUUGGUCUGAGAUGCUUGGAGUCGGAGAUUUCUAUUAUGAGCUUGGUGUACAGAUCAUCGAAGUCUGUUUAGCUCUAAAGCACAGAAAUGGCGGACUGAUUACAUUGGAUGAACUCCAUCAGCGUGUAUUAAAGGGAAGAGGGAAGUUUGCUCAAGACGUGAGUCAAGAUGACCUAGUACGAGCCAUCAAAAAGCUUAAGGCAAUGGGAAAUGGCUUUGGGAUGAUUCCUGUUGGAGGCUCUUAUUUAGUCCAGUCAGUUCCAGCUGAGCUCAAUAUGGAUCACACUGUCGUUCUGCAGCUGGCUGAGAAAAAGGGUUAUGUAACAGUAAGCGAGAUCAAGGACAGCUUGAAGUGGGAGAAAGAACGGGCUUGCCAUGUACUUGACCACCUGCUGAAAGAAGGACUGGCGUGGUUAGAUACUCAGGCUGCAGGAGAACCCCAAUACUGGCUCCCAGCUCUCUUCUCAGAACUUUCUUCUCGUGACGUCACACCCGAGGAAGCAAAUCAGAUGACGCCAUGACAAGAAAAAUGUCUUGCUUUCGGUGGACGUAAAGCUUUUAACCAAGUCGAAUACUGUCAUUUGAAGAACUGAACUAAUAUUUCUUUCAUACAUGCAUGUGAAAAUAUAGUUAGCCUAAUAAAAACAUUUAUUUUCUGUAAUACAGUAAUUUUUUUUUUUAUUCCAGGCCUCAAGCAUAUCCCCAGACAAAUACACUCUUAACCUCACUACAUACCUCCAGACAAGUAGCACUCAUGUCUUAGCAGUAGGUAACUUUGUCUCACUAUUUACACUGUGUCCAUGCUCCAAGACAGGUUAUUUAAUUCAUAAUAGUACUGUAGGAAACUUAAAUAACUUAAUGAAAGUUCUGCAAGUGAACCUUAUUGAAUUAAAAUGAAUAACAUGCUAAUAUUUCCUGCACUAUUGCUUGAUGAGUUUUUAAAAUCAUGAUCUCUAGCCAGGUCCUAAUUCUGCAGCUGGGAUUUUCUGGGAACAUUCUUUGAUUUCUGCUUUUUGGUUUCACUGUGGAAUAUCUUUUUGUUUAAAAGUCCCUCCUUUAUGAAAUUACUGAAAUUAUGAACUCAGUUGAUUUGCUAAAGAUGUUCCGAGACAUUUUUGUCCAUGCAAUCUUCAUAGAUUUUACAAAUCUGUAGUUAAUUGUGAUAUUAGAGACUCUAGGCAACUGAUAUCUAUUUUCUGAACAAUUUCAGUAUUUUCAUUUGUCACAGGUCUAUGAUGAAUUGGAAAAGACUGAAACACAGUCAAAUUAUUACAGUCACUCUAAAAUCACAGAUUUAAGCGGAGAUUUUCCACAGCUACAGGUAAAAUCUAGAACACUAAAUGGUUCUAGGCUGCAUUUAACAUUUAAGGUUCUGUAUAGAACCCAACAACAGUGUUUGCCUAGAAGAGGUUUUAAGUAGAACCCUUACCCAAGGGUGUAGGAAUACUGUUUCCCCUCGGUAACAAUAUUGUUCUGGGUCUGAAACCCUGUAUAGAUUUAUAUUAUUUUGUGUGAACACUAAAUGUAAAUUUUUGGCUCCAAACUCUGUCUUCCGACUUAAAAGAGAACCAAAUAAAACUUAUUUGUUUGUACAUUGA